AUGGGCCGAUUUGAUAUUGUGGUAAACGGUAGCGGGAUAAUGAAUGAGCAUGAAAUUGAACGCACAAUACAAAUUAAUUUGUUCGGUGUCAUUUACAGCACUUUUGCGGCUUUGCGUCUGAUGGACAAAUCGAAAGGUGGUCAUGGCGGCCUGAUUGUGAAUAUUUCCUCAAUAGUCGGCUUGGAUGCUUAUGGUGCUUAUGCUGUUUAUACAGCGUCAAAAUAUGGUGUCAACGGUUUUACUAGAGCGCUCGCAGAUCCAUAUUAUUAUAGUCAAACAAAAGUUGGUUUCAUCACAAUUUGUCCGAGCACUACGGAAACCGCAAUGAUCGCAUCUCUACGCAUGGAGGCGGUGACCACAUUUGAGCGCAUGCCACCACUGCCUAAAACCCUGUGCAACAAUCAAAGCCCGGAAAAUUGUGCCUACAAUUUAGUAACUGCCAUUAAAACUGCUAAAAAUGGUUCGGUGUGGAUUUUGACUGCCGGCAUCUUGAGAGAAUAUCAUUACCCUGAUAUUUAAGUAGUGAAUUUUAGAAAUAAGCUAAAUUUAGUAUUUUUAUCAAUCAAAAGCACUUUUUCUUAGAAAACCACUAAAAAUUUAUACCCCGCGCGCGCUUACAGUUGAGCUGGAAGAUGAUUUGAUCAGCAGGAUUAUAAUGGCUAGUGUGACCAAAUGAUCACUAAAAAUUGAGCUAAAUUGACUAUAAAACAAGGUUAGAAAAAGUUAGAGGCAGUGAAAAGAUAAGCCAAGAAAAGUCAGAACUUUUAUGCUGAAAAAUUGUAUUUUAAUUUUAAAUUGUUUCGCUCAAAAUUACCCAGUCGGAAUAAUCAAAAAAAGGAAGCCUUUUUCUGAUAUCUUAUAUUCGAUCGGAAAUGCCAGAGUUUCACGCCUUCUGAUUCGGAUUCUUUUAGAAGGAGAAAAUUUACUAAAAAAACUUGUUUUUAAAAUUAUAUACGCCUAUACCAAUUCGUUCCUUUAUUUGACAUCCGUUGCUUUAGAAACACUCCCUCUCCUGGAGCAGCCUAUUGGAAGAUCUCCUAAUACAGAAAUAAUUAUGCUUUGCUUUAAAGAUUUACCAUUGCAAUUCAAUUACACUUGCAUCUUGGCUACUUAAAUUUCCGAAAAGAAAAAGAGCAUUAAAUAUAUGUGGAUAGUUCUCCGCAACACUA